CCGUUCAUUCACCCGUCAUCAUGCCAACCGCGCACGAGAUCCGCCAAAAGAACUCACAGUUCGCCAACAAGGCCAAGGCUGGAAAAAAUCCUGUCAAUCCAUCACGAAAAGAUAAGCUCGCAAAGCAAUCUCCCGUAGGCCUCUGGGCCCUCGGUUUGAUUGUAUUUGUUGUUGUCGGUGGAGUUUUAUUCGAGCUCGCGAGGCUUCUUUUCUUGUGAUUCAUGCUAUGCAUGAACUUCAUUCAUCGUAGGAUUGGGGAGGGGGAGUGUAAUUCCACUAGCGUCAUCGACCGCGAACGCAUCAGUCGGUGAGGCUUCCACAUGGGUAUGCAACCAUUGCAUCAUUGUAUAUCA